AUGGUUUUGCAAUGCCCAUCCACCCAAGCUGCAUGGACAACAAUUGGGAAUGAGUUUGAAGCGAGGUGGCAAUUCCCGAAUUGUUUAGGUGCCAUUGAUGGCAAACAUGUCAUCAUUCAAGCCUCAAACAAUUCGGGAUCCAUGUUCUUCAAUUAUAAGAAGACGCACAGCAUUGUGUUGAUGGCUGUGGUGGAUGCAAAUUAUAAAUUUGUGGCAGUUGACGUUGGAGGGUAUGGGAGGAGCAGUGAUGGGGGUAUAUUUGCCGACUCCUGUUUUGGCAGAAGAUUGGCCAAUGGUACCCUCAAUCUUCCUAAUCCUAGGCCAUUGGGAAGGACGAGUCAUGGAGACUGCACCCCAUUUGUAUUUGUAGCUGAUGAGGCAUUCCCUUUAAAGGAAAAUAUUAUGAGACCAUAUGGUGGGAACAAUCUGAACUCAAAACAGAAAAUAUACAACUACAGGUUGUCAAGGACUCGCCGAAUGGUAGAGACUGUUUUUGGAAUACUUUCCAACCAAUGGAGAGUAUUCCAUAGGGUAAUGUCUCUUCAGCCUACAAAUGCUGAUGGGGUGGUGAAGGCCACCUUUCGCUUUCAUAACUUUUUGAGGAAAGGAGAAAAUCAGCCAGAAGGAGUGCAGGAAGCUUCCUCAGAAGCUGACAACAAUACAUUACUGAGAAGUUUGUCACAGAUUGGAGGUCGUGCAACAUCCCGGGCGAUUGCUACAAUGUAA